UCUGGCUUGGGACUAAAAGUUAUCAAUGGAAUUUAGCAAAAUAAUUGGCAUCAGAUGGGUGGGCUGUUAUGGAAAUUCAGAGAAGAAAGAAGAUUUGUGGCUGGGAGAGGAGAGGUUUGUUCUAAAGAUCACCCAGACUCUGGGGCUGUGCUCGUAGGGAUGAGAGAAGGCAUACCAAAUAGAAUAAACAAGACUCCGACAGGGAGUGGUGAGAAUAAAGGGGAAGAGGUUUAUUUGGGGCCUUGAAUGGCAGGCCAAGGAUGCUAUCACGUUUCAUUAGGAAACAGGGUAGAGAGGGAGCACGGCUUACGUGUUUCCGAGUGAGGAAGGGACAGGAGGCACACGGGUCUGUGCAGGAGGCUCAGUCUGAAGUGAGGAUUGAGAACUGGCUCGUGUCUAAGUUCUUCUGUUUAUGACCCUGGGGAUGUGGGGCAGAUGAUGUUCCCUCCCAGGCUCACAUAUAAAACAGGAGUGAAACAUCCGCCUUCCCCUCUCUUCCCUUUCUCCUCUCCCUCCUCUCUCCCCCUGUGCCCGUCUUCUCUCUCUCAGAUCUUCUGCAGCUCAGACUGGAUAGGAACUCACUGUGUAACUAAGGAUGACCUUGAACUUCUGACCCUCCUGCCUCUACUCCUAACCCUAACCUUCAACUCCCAAGUGUUGGGAUUGCAGACAUGUAUCACCAUGCCUGGUUUACACAGGGUUGGAGAAUAAGUGCAAGGCCUCUACAUGAAACAAGAUGUGCUCCUUAGACUCUUACAGAAGAAAGGCAUGGGGCCAUAGCUGGCUGGCAAAACUGUGAAGCAGUCCCUCUCAGGGAGUUCCCUCAGAGAGCUAGAGAGCUGGUUGAAUCACAAGGGCUCGUUCAUCAAAAGUAGAAGGCCCAAGUUGUCACCAUGGCUUCUGCCGAGCCCCUUACAGCGCUGUCCCGUUGGUACCUGUACGCCAUCCACGGAUACUUCUGCGAGGUGAUGUUCACGGCGGCCUGGGAGUUCGUGGUGAAUUUUAACUGGAAGUUCCCAGGGGUCACCAGCGUGUGGGCCCUCUUCAUCUAUGGCACCUCCAUCCUGAUCGUGGAGCGCAUGUACCUGCGCCUGCGCGGCCGCUGUCCUCUGUUGGUGCGCUGCCUCAUCUACACGCUCUGGACCUACCUGUGGGAGUUCACCACCGGCUUCAUUCUGCGCCAGUUCAACGCCUGUCCCUGGGACUACUCCCAAUUCGACUUUGAUUUCAUGGGUCUCAUCACCCUGGAGUACGCUGUGCCCUGGUUCUGUGGGGCCCUCAUUAUGGAGCAGUUUAUUAUCCGCAACACCCUCCGCCUACGCUUUGACAAGGACGCAGAGCCCGGGGAGCCUGCCAGUCCGCCAGCCCUGGCCAAUGGCCACGUCAAGACCGACUGAGUGAGAAGACUAAUGUGAAGACUUAGGGUCUCUUCUAGGAACUCAAGGACAGAGACCAAGCUGGUGGGGUUAUCCCUUGGUUCAGCACAAGCCCUGCCCCCAACUGGGCCUUAGCCCAGUAGGGCAAACGCAACCACAUAUGGUGGGCAGUGGGAUGGUGUUGGGAAGUUGGGUAUUCAGACAGCAGAAGGACACUGGGACUGGUCCAUGGCUCUCCACCCAUCCUGGGGGCUAGGGCCUGGGCAAUAAACAAUUGGACUUCAUGGAUGAUUUUGGAAGCAGCAGGCCUGUCCUGGCGAAGGGACAUGAACUCUGGGUUCACAGGUGAGAGGCAAGGUCUGAAGAGGCCUUGGCUGCUGUUGGGGCCACCACCCCACCUGCCCCCUGGCUUCAGCUGGGCUUUGGCUGGUCCCAUUAGGCAAUAUUCAGGUGCUUGCUUGCAACCAAUACCUCCCCGAGGGCCUCUGAGCUGCAGCCUGAGAGAGACCCAGCAGCCAGUAGGCUGCUUGGUGGCAUUGCUCUUGUGCAAGGGCUGGGGAAACUCCCUUUGGCCCCUCUCCCUCCCCCAGGGCCCCACGCUGCUCCCUUGGCCUUCUGGGGGCCCCUGUGGUGCUGGAUUCCCACCAACCUUGGGCUUUUGGAGGUUUCAAUCCCGUGUGUUCGGUGGUGUUUCCCCUUUCUCUUAUGUUCAAGACACUUACCACUAGCAGGCAGCCCUCUUCUGUGUCGUCACCAGAUCCUCCCCCUCUCCCAGCUCCCUAGAGAACACGGCAGUGGCUGGAGGCUCGGCUCUAAAAUGGACCCCACCUGCCUUCCUGGAACCUUCCCUCCACCUUCAGAUGGGGGACCAGAGGCAGCCUGUCUCCCUGGCCCAGGGAUGGUGGUCUGGUGCCCCCUCCCUGCAGAGGUCCUACUGAAAAUGCAUACUAUCCUCCCCAUGUACAUCUAGUAUUCUAUAGAUCCACAGUGGAGGGAGGCAGAGUUCUAGGUUCUAGAUGCCCACUCUGGUUUAUCUGCAAGCCAGUCAAUAUGGCUUCCUGUGAGACAGAGGAGCAGGGAUCCAGUUGGAGACUCAACGAGGAACAAGGCAGAUGUAGCAGACCGCAGAAGGCUCUUUGAAGCCUCUUCCUGGAAAAAAAGAUGAGUUCUACCAUAGCCUCAGCUCAGCAACCACCUCUCGGGGCUGCUCCUCCCACAAAGCCCUGGCCGGAAUGACCCUUUGAGCUUGUUCCUCAAACAGUAUUAACCCUGCCACACUCAUGGGUAUUGUCAGCUCAGUCGUCUUAGCGUUCCCCCAUGCUGGGUCCAUUGCAGGCAGUGGACAGGUGAAAUCCUUAUUCCAGGUCCCCUGAUUUUUAUCCUCUACUCUUGGAAAGGAUGAGGUCAGUCUGCCCAGGGUCCAUCCCACACGACAGUCACCUCGUGGCCGCCCUGGGGACUCUGAGAUAGAAGUCGGCCUUUUCUUUCUUACAGAUCAUUUAAAAGGUGACAGCACCACAGGGAGAGAGACCCAUGUCUGAAGCAUGCAGACAGCACCAGGCCAGGGCCAGCAGUGGGACGUCCUGCCGCUGGAGAAAGACUCAGCCUUCCGUGGCAUCUUUCCCCACAGCUUUCUCUGGCCAGGGCCAGGGGAGAAUGGAGUGUUUCCCCGAGUAGGUAUCUCAUCACCAAACACCAUUCGGGGGCGGGGACUGGCUGCUUUGGGUUUUACUGUAGCUCUGAUUCCAUGGCCCUGUCUGUGGGUUACAGGGGUUCAGGCCUCCAAAGGGAGUGGUUGCUUUCCAUCCACAAGUGGAGAGAAUUCCUUAUUUUGUAGGUCCCUUCCCCCAGUUCCAUGUGAUCUCAAACCCCUGAAUCCUAACGCCUCUCUAGGCCACCUCACGUCUACCUUCACAACUGAAUCCAGUGGCUUGCUGAGGUGUCCCAGCAUUAAGACUCCAAUUCUCAACCAGAGAAAGCUCCUGGGGGGCCCCCGGUCUCAGCGCUCCAGAUGUCGCCUCGCAGGCAAUCCUCUGAUUUAAUCCUAUGUCAGGACGGUUUCCUGGAGCAAAGCUGCUUGCCUGGCAAUACUCAGCAUCGUGGUCUGCUUAUGCGGGUCCCCCGUUCUCCUAUGGUCCCUCGUAGGCACACAGUCCCCCAGCCAGGGUAAGCUACUCACAGGCCUGCAGGCUCAGAUCUCACCAUGUGUAGCCCAGACUUCAACUCUUGCUUUAUUGCCUGUCUUCAGGGCUCCAACCCCUUAGUGCUUGGGGGGGGGCACAAAGGUUUGGGUAAUCAAGCCCUUCUGAGCAGUGGGGAGUCCGCUGGCUGUUUCUGGAACCUCUGGUGUUCCGAGCCCAAAGCAACCAUCUCAGAGGUGCAGAUAUUAUGAGUAUGCGGCCCUGCAUGGUUGAGUUGCUUUGGAUGAACGCUAGGCUCCCAGUGCCCUGUCGCCUUCUCAUGCCAGAGAGUCCCAAUGGCCUGUGCUUAUUCACAGCAAUAAUACAUAGGGAGUGUCUGUGAGUCCCUUUUGUCCUGGUCCCUCCCUCUUCAUGGACCGAUCUCCCAGGAGGCUGCUGAGUGGGUCAGCUCACGGGAGAAUCUAUUUCUGAAGCUCUGGGCUGUGCAAAGCGUUGCUGCAGGAGGCAGGUGGGAGGCCUAAUCGUGAACUCUGAAUCAGGCCGACGGAGUGCCUCCCACCCUGAGGCCAUCCAUACCUGGACGAGCUGUAGGCCCCAGCUUUGGAACAGGGCCUUUGAAGUGGAUAGGACUGUCUUCCAACUGGACAGCUCUUGAGAAAGGCACAUAACUGAUUGUGUGAGCCCAUUGCCUGCUAUGUCUGUUUGUCUGUCUCUUCCUUUUCAUAAUUGUGCACAUAAAAUAUACUGGUGUUUGUGUUCCUGGA